AUGGUUGGCACCUGGGCUGCGGUGGAGGAUGGCAAACGGGCACAUUCACGCCCAACACGUGCCCGGGGCAGGGUGCAGGAGCCGGCGGCCGUGACCGUCACACCGCCGGAUGGAUAUAAAUCCGUGGCCGCGGUGCUGACCCACGGAGAGCCCCGUGCUCCGGCUUCGCUCGCCGCCACCGCCGCCGCGCAGUUGCUGGCGUCCCCCUCUCGCGGCCGCCCCGUCCGCUUCAAAGUCAUGGAUGAGUUCGGUACCCCCUUCGACGUGGCCAACUGCUCCAUCUGCCUCCACUGGCUCAACACUGGGGUGGAUGGUGCCGUCAUCUUCUCCUCUGGCUACGAGGGUUGCCACGUCCUGGUGAAGGAGGACCGCUACGUCCUGAGGGUGCAGCUGGAGGAGGUGCUGCUCAGCGGGGUCGUGGCCGCCUCCUACGAAGUCAACAUGACCUGCCCGCAGCCCGGGGACUACGAGAUCCGCAUGGAUGGCAACACACGUACCGAGUACCGGCCCGGCCGGGGCAAUAGCGUCCACCAAACCCAGACUGAUGUUCUUGUCCCCUUGGCCCAGCCUGGGGUCCUGCAGCACGUGUCCCAGUCCACCCUCACCCUCUCGGGAGCCCACGUCUCUCCCCAAGCCCACUCGGAGCAGGUUCACCCCGUGGCUCGCACGCAGCCCGUCCUGGUGCACCCCGGGCUUCAGUCCCAGCCUGGCCAGGUUCACCAGGGGCUUCAGCCCCAACCAGGCAUGGUUCGUCCCAUCACCCAACCGCAGCGGGGUUUAGUACGCCCUGGCAUGCAGUCCCCAGCCCAGCCUGGGCUCCUUCGUCCAGGCCUUCACACCCAAAACCAGCCCGGGCUGGUGCACCCUGGAGCUCAAAACCAACAAGGUCUUCUUCGCCCAGGGCUUCAAACCCAAAACCAGCCCGGGCUGGUGCACCCUGGAGCUCAAAACCAACAAGGUCUUCUUCGCCCAGGGCUUCAAACCCAAAACCAGCCUGGGCUGGUGCACCCUGGAGCUCAAAACCAACCAGGUCUUCUUCACCCAGGGCUUCAAACCCCAAACCAGCCCGGGCUGGUGUACCCUGGAGCUCAAAACCAACCAGGGCUCCUUCGUCCAGGAGUUCAGACCCCAAACCAGCCCGGGCUGGUGCACCCCGGUGUCCAGUCUGGCUUAACACAUGCUGGUGCUCAGACUCAAGCAGGCUUCGUACGAACAGGAGCUCAGCCCCCAAACCAGCCAGGUUUAUCUCGUCCCAGCCUCCAGACGCAUUCCCAAACUGGUCUCCUCCACCCUGGGCUCCACAGCCAAACUGGGCUGCCUCAUUCCGGCUCUCAGUCCCAAUCCCAGGCAGGUCUGGUGCGCCCAGUUCUCCAAAGCCAAGCUGGGCUGGUACAUGCCAGCCAUUCCCGACCGGGUUUAGUGCGCCCGGGACUCCAGUCCCGACCGGGUUUGGUACGUCCUGGACUUCAAGCUCAGCUCCAGCCGGCCAGUCUGCUGCAAUCCACGGCUCUCUUCUACCCCUCGGCAGGGGCAGGCACCCAGCUGACGCGGGAGCAGUGCCAGGUGCCGGUGGGGAGGAUGCCCUGCGUGGCCCCGCAGGGCCGGGAGGCGUGCUUGCAGGCGGGCUGCUGCUACGAUGACAUGGACCGCAUGGCGCCCUGCUAUUACGGCAACACGGCCACCGUGCAGUGCCUGCUGGACGGCCACUUCGUCCUGGUGGUGCCGCGGGGACUCGCCACCCAACCCUACAACCUGGACAGCGUGCGCCUCGCCAGCGCCCAGGCGGGCUGCGAGCCCGUCAGGGUGACGGAGACCUUCGUGAUGUUCCGCUUCUCCGUCACGCAAUGCGGUACCACCGUCCCCGUGAUUGAGGACCAGCUGAUCUAUGAGAACCAGCUGAUCUCUACCAUCGAUGUCCAGGGUUCCUCCCGCGGCUCCAUCACGCGGGACAGCAUCUACAUCCUCCAAGCUCGCUGCAUCUACAACGCCAGCGACCUCCUGCCGCUCCGUAUGGAGGUGGCCGUGCCCCCCACCGCCACCCCCGUGGCCAUGCCGGGGCCGCUGGGACUCCCGCUACGCAUUGCCACUGACGAGAGCUACAGCUCCUACCACCCCGACGGCGACUACCCCUUGGUGAGGGUGCUCCGGGACCCCAUCUACGUGGAGGUUCGUCUCCUCCAGAAGACGGACCCCAACCUGGUGCUGGUCCUGCACCACUGCUGGGCGUCCCCCAGCACCGACGGGGCUGCUGAGCCCCAGUGGCCCAUCCUGGUGGACGGGUGCCCCUUCACAGGGGACAACUAUAGGACGCAGCUCGUGCCUGUGGGACCGGCCUCACCGCAGCUGCCCUUCCCGAGCCACUACCAGCGCUUUGUCAUCUCCACCUUCACCUUUGUGGAACCCCCCUCCAUGGCGGUGCUGGAGGGAGAGGUGUACAUCUCCUGCAGCGCUUCGGUGUGCCACCUCGCGCAGCCCGAGCCCUGCCGACCCUCCUGGCAGCUGGGAGUGCCAUCACGAGCCCGUCGGUCUCUAGGGGACAGGAGGACAGCCGAAGCCACGGGCAUGGUCACCUCCCAGGGACGCAUCGUCUUCCCGAAGGUCACCAAGCUGCGGCGAGGCUGA